AAGGCGCUGGUGAUAUUCGCACCAAGGGUGCCAAACGCAAUCGGGAGGUGAGAAAUGGGGAGAAGGCGAACAACCGGAGACAAGUGGCCUGGGACGGAAAAGGGACCUGGAGGGAGUGGCUGCGCCCCAGGCAGCAAAUUCCGGGGUCCCGGGUCGAGGCGGCCACGCGCACGUGGAGCAGGUGCUGAAUCACCGCUCCGCCGCUCCGCCGCCCCCCUCCCCUCCUCCCCGACCGGUGCCCGCAGUCCCCGCCUCCUCGGCCGCCGCCUCCACUGGGCGGGGCCCUGGCCCGGGACCAGCGCCGCGGCUAUAAAUGGGCUGCGGCGAGGCCGGCAGAACGCUGUGACAGCCACACGCCCCAAGGCCUCCAAGAUGAGCUACACGUUGGACUCGCUGGGCAACCCCUCCGCCUACCGGCGGGUAACCGAGACCCGCUCGAGCUUCAGCCGCGUCAGCGGCUCACCGUCCAGCGGCUUUCGCUCGCAGUCGUGGUCCCGCGGCUCGCCCAGCACCGUGUCCUCCUCCUACAAACGCAGCAUGCUCGCCCCGCGCCUCGCCUACAGCUCGGCCAUGCUCAGCUCCGCCGAGAGCAGCCUCGACUUCAGCCAGUCCUCGUCCCUGCUCAACGGCGGCUCCGGACCCGGUGGCGACUACAAGCUGUCCCGCUCCAGCGAGAAGGAGCAGCUGCAGGGGCUCAACGACCGCUUCGCCGGCUACAUCGAAAAGGUGCACUACCUGGAGCAACAGAACAAGGAGAUCGAGGCGGAGAUCCAGGCGCUGCGGCAGAAGCAGGCCUCGCACGCCCAGCUGGGCGACGCGUAUGACCAGGAGAUCCGCGAGCUGCGCGCCACGCUGGAGAUGGUGAACCACGAGAAGGCUCAGGUGCAGCUGGACUCGGACCACCUGGAGGAAGACAUCCACAGGCUCAAGGAGCGCUUCGAGGAGGAGGCGCGGCUGCGCGACGACACCGAGGCGGCCAUCCGCGCGCUGCGCAAAGACAUCGAGGAGGCGUCGCUGGUCAAGGUGGAGCUGGACAAGAAGGUACAGUCGCUGCAGGAUGAGGUGGCCUUCCUGCGGAGCAACCACGAGGAGGAGGUGGCCGACCUUCUGGCCCAGAUCCAGGCCUCACACAUCACGGUGGAGCGCAAAGACUACCUGAAGACAGACAUCUCGUCGGCGCUGAAGGAGAUCCGCUCCCAGCUCGAGUGCCACUCCGACCAGAAUAUGCACCAGGCCGAAGAGUGGUUCAAAUGCCGCUACGCCAAGCUCACUGAGGCGGCCGAGCAGAACAAGGAGGCCAUCCGCUCCGCCAAGGAAGAGAUCGCCGAGUACCGGCGCCAGCUGCAGUCCAAGAGCAUCGAGCUGGAGUCGGUGCGCGGCACCAAGGAGUCCCUGGAGCGGCAGCUCAGCGACAUCGAGGAGCGCCACAACCACGACCUCAGCAGCUACCAGGACACCAUCCAGCAGCUGGAAAACGAGCUUCGGGGCACAAAAUGGGAAAUGGCUCGUCAUCUGCGCGAAUACCAGGACCUCCUCAACGUCAAGAUGGCUCUGGAUAUAGAAAUUGCUGCGUACAGAAAACUCUUGGAGGGUGAAGAGACCAGAUUUAGCACAUUUGCAGGAAGCAUCACUGGGCCACUGUACACACACCGACAGCCCUCAGUCACAAUAUCCAGUAAGAUUCAGAAAGCCAAGGUCGAAGCUCCCAAGCUCAAGGUUCAACACAAAUUUGUUGAGGAGAUCAUAGAAGAAACCAAAGUGGAGGAUGAGAAGUCAGAAAUGGAAGAUGCCCUGGCAGCCAUUACAGAGGAACUGGCCAUUUCCAUGAAGGAAGUGAAGGAGGAAGAAGCAGAAGAAAAGGAAGAGGAACCAGAAGCUGAAGAAGAGGAAGUCGCUGCCAAAAAGUCUCCAGUGAAAGCUACUGCGCCUGAAGUUAAAGGAGAGGAAGAAGGGGAAAAGGAAGCAGAAGAAGGCCAGGAAGAAGAAGAGGAGGAAGAAGACGAGGGCGCUAAGUCAGACCAAGCCGAAGAGGGAGGAUCCGAGAAGGAAGGCUCCAGUGAAAAAGAAGAAGGUGAACAGGAAGAAGGAGAAACAGAGGCUGAAGGGGAAGGAGAAGAAGCCGAAGCUAAAGAGGAAAAGAAAGUGGAGGAAAAGAGUGAGGAAGUGGCCACCAAGGAAGAGCUGGUGGUAGACGCCAAGGUGGAAAAGCCAGAAAAAGCCAAGUCUCCUGUGCCAAAAUCACCUGUGGAAGAGGCAAAAUCAAAAGCAGAAGUGGGGAAAGGUGAACAGAAAGAGGAAGAAAGAAAGGAAGUCAAGGAAGCUCCCAAGGAGGAGAAGGUAGAGAAGAAGGAAGAGAAACCAAAGGACGUGCCAGAGAAGAAGAAAGCUGAGUCCCCAGUAAAGGAGGAAGCCGUGGAGGAGGUGGUCACCAUCACCAAAUCGGUAAAGGUACACUUAGAGGAGACUAAAGAAGAGGGGAAGCCACAGCAGCAGGAAAAGGAGAAAGCGGGAGGAGAGGGACGGAGCGAGAAGGAAGGGAUUGAUAAAGGUUCCAAGGAAGCCAGGAAGGAAGACAUAGCUGUCAACGGGGAGGUAGAAGGAAAAGAGGGGGAGGAGCAGGAGACCAAGGAAAAGGGCAGUGGGAGGGAAGAGGAGAAAGGCGUUGUCACCAAUGGCCUAGACUUGAGCCCAGCAGAUGAAAAGAAGGGGGGUGAUAAAAGUGAGGAGAAAGUAGUGGUGACCAAAACCGUAGAAAAAAUCACCAGUGAGGGGGGAGAUGGUGCUACCAAAUACAUCACUAAAUCUGUAACCGUCACUCAAAAGGUCGAAGAGCAUGAAGAGACCUUUGAGGAGAAACUAGUGUCUACUAAAAAGGUAGAAAAAGUCACUUCACACGCCAUAGUAAAGGAAGUCACCCAGAGUGACUAAGAUUUGAGUCCAUUGCAGAAGGUUAAGCCAUAUGACAAUUUCAAAAUGCAUGUGAUUGGCAGCUUCAAAACAGAACAGAACGGGUUCUCCCAUGGGGGCUCCAGACAUUGUAUUUUACUUAGUGCAAUAUGAGGGGACUGCAUGCAAGCUCAGGGUGCUCCCUCCUCAGUCUUUGGGGGAUUCAAAUGCAUGAUAUUGUAUGUAUCUGGGAAAUUGGCCAAUUUCCUAAGCUGUUGGAAGGGGGUCACUCGGGGGGGGGAUGUCUUGGGAUGUAUUAUGCAAAGUACCAACUGAGCCAAAUACAAUAAAUGAAACAGAGAACUCUCUUAGCCUUAAGAAAGCUAUAUAUGAAUAACUAUGUUUACCUCACUGGUGCAUUUAAAAUGGACUUUCGUUCAUGGGAGAACCUUGUUGACAUGCACAGUUUGCAAUCUUAUGUUGAUCGAUGUUAAAUGUCACAGCAGUACUUGCUCAAUAAAGGUCAUAUUGGAAACAUAG